CAGGCCGCGCCCACCGCUGGACUGAAUCGCACCACGGAGCCACGCCCACUGAAUCACGCCCACCGCCGGCUUCCAUUCGUUCUUCUCCGGGUUCUUCCCAAGAGAGGAAACAGUUUGCGGCAAAAUCUCUUCCUGGGAUCAGGGAUCACGCGGGAGGGCGCUGAUUGGCUCCGGUUUUGGCAGCGCUGCCUCCCGAUUGGCCCGCACGCCAGGCUCAAGAGGGACUGCGCGGGAAGCGGCCGGAUCCUACAGGCGGCAGACAGGCGCUUGGGUCCCCGGUGCUGCUGUGUUCUCCGGGAGACACUAUGAGCUGCAUCAACCUGCCCUCAGUGCUGCCCGGCUCCCCCAGCAAGACCCGGGGCCAAAUCCAGGUGAUUCUCGGGCCCAUGUUCUCAGGGAAAAGCACCGAGCUGAUGAGGCGGGUCCGCCGCUUCCAGAUCGCGCAGUACAAGUGCCUGGUCAUUAAGUACGCCAAAGACACGCGCUACAGCAGCGGCUUCUCCACACAUGACAGGAACACUAUGGAGGCGCUGCCAGCCUGCCUGCUCCGGGACACAGCCCAGGAGGCCCUGGGAGCGGCCGUCAUAGGCAUUGACGAGGGGCAGUUUUUCCCUGACAUUGUGGAGUUCUGCGAGGGCAUGGCCAAUGCCGGGAAGACAGUGAUCGUGGCGGCCCUGGACGGGACCUUUCAGAGGAAGGCUUUCGGCAGCAUCCUGAACCUGGUGCCCUUGGCUGAGAGCGUGGUGAAGCUGACCGCUGUGUGCAUGGAGUGCUUCCGGGAAGCCGCCUACACCAAGAGGCUGGGCCUGGAGAAGGAGGUCGAGGUGAUUGGUGGAGCAGACAAAUACCACUCCGUGUGUCGCCUCUGCUACUUCAAGAAGUCCUCGGUCCAGAAUGCUGGGCUGGACAACAAGGAGAACUGCCCAGUGCUGCCGGGGGAGGCCUCAGUGGCCAGGAAGCUCUUUGCCCCUCAGCAGGUGCUGCAGUGUGGCCCUGCCAUCUGAGGGUCCCCAUGUGGCCCUGCAGAGGAGCCAGAACUGUGCCCACGACGUGAGACAGGCCCGCUCUCCUCGCCCGUCCGCCCGCCCUCUGGCCUCUCAGGCUUUGCCCCCGUGGCUGGAUGACGCCCGAGGCUGGAGCCAGCCAGGCCUCGUGGUUUGGGGUCCACACUGCCUCCUCCUCCAGGGAGCGGGCAGAGCCACACACCGGUGUGACAUUGGUACUGCUGGCUGCUUCCCUCCCCCUUGUGAUUUUCACUUUCGAGUUUCUCUUCUCCUUGGGGUGCCUGUGCCUCGCCGUGCAGAGGCCCCCCUGUCCAUCUGAGGACGUCUGGUCCGGUGCCCCCUGCUGCCCUUUGGGCUGAAAUCCCUCCCUACACUCUAGCUCUAGCAGUGGCUUCUCCAGAAAAGAUGUCAUCUUUCAGGUGCCAGAGCUUGACUCUUAAAGAGGAAGGUGCUCUGUGGGGCUGAGCCCGGCCUCUUUUGCUGCCGCUUUGACGUUAAUGACCAGUAUUCAAAUUUAGUAACUGGUAAAGACACAUUUCAGUCUGGCCUGGGUUCCCGGGUCUUAUACGCCGCUCCUAUGUGAUUCGAGUGGAGAUCUCAUCUCACCCAGGUCUUAUUAUUCUAGUGCUCAUAAGCUCCUGACCCAAGCCUGAUGAUGAGAAAAGACUGAGGAACAGGCCAGGGAUUUAGCUCGGUGGUUUCACCACCUGCUGCACAAGCGCAUGGACCCGACCCGAGCUUGCACCCCGGUACCAAAAAAAAAAAAAAAAAGACUGAGGAACUUGUCCA